CACACACACAGAGUAUACACACACAGACACACGCAGCCACACAGCCAAAGGUGAAAAAUGGCUGCCGCCACCUCCCUUCAAAUGCAUCUGCAACAUAGCCCGCGCAAGAAGAAUUUCGGUUAUGAAGAAACGAUCCGGCUACUGGAACUGUGGACUCACUACACGAACGGAGGGACGCACCCCGAACUGGGCAAAGGCCACAGGACUGGCCGGCUGUGGCUGGUUAUCAGUGAACGAAUGAAGGCCAUGAACUACAACCGCGGGCCGGAGGAAUGCAAAGUGCGCGUCGGAAACCUCAGAGCCAAAUACACCAAACUCAAGAGAGGAUAUCUUGCAGGUGAAGGAGUUCCAGAUUGGCCAUAUUACCCAGUCCUUGCCAAAUUCUUGGAGGGCAGAACAGAGUUUGGAGACUCUUACGAUGCAGGAUCCCACUCUUACACAGAACCAGAGGCCAGACCUGGGGCCUCACAUCAUCAUCCAGGUAUGUUUCUUAGUAUGUCCAUGGAAGAGCCCAACGAGCCACUCGCCUGCAAUGUAGACGGAGGUGGCGGCCGGAGGGGUGCAGGCGGAGGAGCCGGAGGUGGAUCUUCACGAUCCAAUGAUGACGAUAGUUCCGUUUCGAUGCCCGAAUCGGGCUCGUCGGCCGGCAGUGAGCACAACGACGCCCCUCCUAACGGACACAUGGCGGGCGCAAUGGGUCCCGCCGACCUGCCCGGUCUCGGCGGCCACCAUCCGCCUCUACUUGGCCCUUCCGGAUUGAAACGUCGGCCAGUUUCUCCAGCUGAUGAUCCGCGCAGACCAACAAAACGGCCGAAGCACGGCACGAGCAACAUGCUCCUCUCGUUGAUGCAGGCCAUGCUGAAGAUCGAAGAGGAGCACCUGAAACUGCAGCAAGAACGAGCAGCCAGCGAGGCAGCCAUGAUGCAAGCCGUGACGGCCUUUUUCUCUAACAUGACGCAAAUGUUUGGAGGACAUAUGCCCAGUUUUUCGUCAAAACCGGAGGUGCAAAACAACAACAGCGCAGGAUCGCAAGGAGGUGCGGGAGGGAGUGGAACAACAGCUGGAAGCAGCGGUCUACACUCUGGAGGGGCUGGCGGCAACAACAACCAGGCAUCUGGUUCCAAGACGCCAUCCAAUCCAUCUUCUUCGUGUUCCAACUCUCCUGCCUACUCGCACACCUACAGCAAUCCGCCGAUGGUGGGCAAUUCUGGGAUGAACAAAAUGCACGGCAUGGACGGCCCUGGUGCCGCCACUAAUAUGGGUACGGGUUCAGCAGGCCACCACUACCCCUACGGUGGCAUGAACCAGCCGUCUCCAUCGCCAUCCAGUGCCGGACAGAUGGCAAGUCCUGCUUCCUAUCCACUCUCACCGGCGUACCAGCAAGGUGUCGUCAACACGAUGAUGGGCGCCGGUAACAGCGGGACGGGCGGUGGUGGUGGCGGAUGGUACAACAACGGUUCAUCAGGCAAGGGCGCUGCAUCUUCCAAUGCUCCGAUGGCCGUUCAUCCCUUCUCCAGCGACAUACUGGGCAUUCCCAAGAGCAGACACGAUACCAUGUAAAAAAAAAAAAUUGGGGAUUUUGUUUUACAUCCACCACCACCAUCGCCUCUUCAUCUCCCACUCCAGUUGUUGCGUGUGUGUGCGUGUGUGUGUGGGCCAUCUCGUCUCUCUCCGGCAACAUCAGCUACCACCGCUAUACUACAAAAUAGACUACAUCGUGGAAAAUUAAAAGAUAGCAGAAGAAAUGAAGAAAAACCUUCCAAUCUCACACUCACGGAGCUUCCGGAAGGUGAUGAUGAAUUUACAUUACGACGACGAUAAAAAUAUGAAAAAAGCAUAUGAAGAGAAACAACAAAACUGAAAAAAAAAACUAAAAAAACACAAAACAAAAAAAACUAAAAAAAAAUCUAA